GUUCCAGUACAGUGAACGAUCCUUGUGAUGAUUUCAAGGGAAAAUCUUUGUUCAUUUUGAUAUAAAAACCCAUCAUGUCGGAUUCAUUACCGCCGCUAACUCUCCAGGACCGCAUGGAGCGUCUUCAGGAGCUGACGGAAUUUACUGAAAAGUGCAAAAAACAGAUAAACGACAUAUUUGAAACGCUGGGAUGGUCGCUAGACUACAAGAACUCAAACCAGUCUCAGGAACCAAUGGAGCAGUGUCCCUAUGACCCUCACCACAGGGUCCCGGUCAGGACCAUGGAGAAGCACAAAGCCUCCUGCAAGCUAAAAAAGAUGGGCUACUCUGCUGAGGAGCAGGCGGAGAUGUACGACCCCUCCGUGAGCUAUGAGAACACCAGCGUCAGAAGCUUUACAAUGGACAAAACCACCCAGCAUCAGGUGAUCCUACAGGCGAGAUCUGCUGCACCAAUGAUGAGGAUGGAAGGAGUCUUCUGGCAAGGUCAGUACUCCGGUGAGCCGGUCGACGUGCCUCAGAACCACAAGCGAGCCAUGUGUGAUCUCACUGUUGCUGACCGAUUGGCUCUGUACAAUCAUGUGGUCGGCGUCAUCAAUGAACAGAAGGAAGCAUCGUCCUCCAACGACGAUCUCUACGUAGAUUUGGUGUCCAAACUCCAAAAAGAUGAAGAACAAAAUGAACCAAAGACUAAACUGGAGCUGAUGGCUGAAAUGAGGGACUACAAGAGGCGGCGUCAGUCCUACAGAGCCAAAAAUGUUCACAUCACCAAGAAAUCCUACACUGAGGUGAUCAGAGAGGUGAUCAGCGUCCAUUCUGAGGAACUUGCAAGACAGUGGAAAGAGGAGGAAGACGAAGAGGAGUCGAUGAGAGUGGAACAGUCUUCCCACGGGCGGCAGGUGGAUGAAAGACGCUCACCAUCCUCAGAGUCUCACCACUCCCACAGUAAACGCCACCGCAGCCGGGAGCGAAGCCACGAAAGGGAGAGCAAGAAGAAGAAGAGUAGGAGGGACAGGGAUUCCCAUUCCCCAGAUGACCACCACCACCACCACGAUAAAAAAAAGAAAAAGAAGAAGAAGAAAAAUGAGAGAGACAGGGAGAAGGAGAAGUGAGAGUGCUGAAUCUGCAGUGACUGAAGUCGUCUCUGAAGUCGCAGUGUUCACAAAGACGAGACUAAAAAUAGGUUUACACACUUGACGCAUUUUGUAAAGAUUUAAACGCAAUAAAGUCUUUAAACCGAACA